CUUGGCUGUUGAGCGGAAAAAAGUUACCUAACUAGCUUGCUGGUCAAGCUGUGGAGGUCGAUGUUUUCUAAUGGAGGAUUCGUACAGUUGCUAGCCAAGACGAUUUACGCGUGGACAAGGACAGCGUCUUCGUCGUUUGGUAGAUCAGAGGAGGUGCAAGCUCUGUGUGUUUACCAUGGGGAACGCUUGCAGUAAUAACCUGGGGAUCCCUCCAGCCAAAGGCCCCAAUGCUGUUGGAUGCACAGACUUCAUGAUGGAUCACACCACACAGGGCACCUUCUUCCGGCUUUACUAUCCUUGUCAAGAGUCAGAAAGUGCAGAAAAACCAGACUGGAUCCCGUGCAGAGAGUACUUCAAUGGUCUGGCAGACUUCAUGAAAAUCAACAGAUCUCUCAGUGAAAAGAUUUUCAACUACCUCUUCGGAUCCUUUAAGAUCCCAGCCUACUUGGACGCUCCAUUUAAAACAAAUGAAAAAUGUCCAGUAGUGAUUUUCUCUCAUGGCCUUGGAGCCUUCAGGACUUUGUAUUCAGCUAUAUGUGCAGAACUGGCUUCUCAGGGCUUCAUUGUGGCCUCGGUGGAACACAGAGAUGAGUCUGCCUCGGCUACGUAUUAUUUCCGUGAAAAGUGUGAGUCAGAGAGGAGAGAUGAGCCCUUGCCUAAAACAUCAGUGUCGGCACCAGACAACCUGGUGGAGGAGUGGAUGUACUACAGAGCUCUGCAGCAUGGAGAGAGCGAAUUCCCCCUCCGAAAUAAACAAGUGAAACAGAGAGCAGACGAAUGCAUUCGAGCUUUGGAUAAACUCAUUGAAAUCAACUCAGGGAUAUCAGUGCAGAAUGUACUGCAAACACAGUUUGACUGGACGACAUUGGAGAACUCCAUGGACCUGUGCAGGAUAGCUGUAAUCGGACAUUCCUUCGGGGGUGCAACAGUGAUUGAAGCGCUGUGCAAAGAGGUUAAAUUCAAGUGUGGUGUAGCCCUGGACGCCUGGAUGUUCCCUAUAGAUGAAGAGAUCUUUCCCCGGGUGAAGCAGCCCAUCUUCUUCAUCAACUCAGAAAAGUUCCAGUGGGCAGGAAACAUCAGCCGCAUGAAGAAGCUAGAGUCAGCCCUCAUACAGAGGAAAAUGAUCACCAUUAGAGGUACAGUCCACCAGAGUUUCCCAGACUUCACCUUCCUCACAGGAAACUGGAUCGGAAAGCUGAUGAAGUUGAAGGGAGACAUCGACCCAGAGAUUGCCAUGGACCUCUCCAAUAAAGCCACUCUAGCUUUUCUGCAACGCCAUCUUGGUCUGGAGAAGGACUUCAAUCAAUGGGACCCUCUGAUUGACGGGAAGGACGACAACCUCAUUCCAGGAACCAAUGUCACUGUGCUCCAGUCUGCCAUCUAAACCAGUUCUGCCUCAGACGCUGCUGAAAUACCAGUGACCUCCUGGCCUGUGGUCAGAUGAUCUCACCUUGUGUUCUGUAGUCCAUGGAGUGACUUUAUCAUGACAAAUUAGGCCUACUUGUCAUUUCAGGUAGAUAUACUGUCUCUGUCAGUCAGGAUACUUUGCAUCUUUGUUCUCAGAUUUCUCGACUGAAGGGUCAGGCCAGGCAAAUGGGUAUGAAAGCUGAUCCCCAUCUUGUCAGCAGUGAAGACUCGACUUCUGCCUGGAUUUUUUUUUCUGAGAGAAUCAAAUGACUGCCAACAUCUUGACAGAAAAAUACCACCUCAUUUAAUGUACUAUUUGUUUUACUUGGCCUUGAAUGUUGUAUUGGAACAGAUAAACUAAUGUGUAAUUGUUGAAUCUUGACCGCUGAACAUUAUACAAGUUUUAUAGUCUCCUAGAAUGUAGAUAAAACCAUCUUUAAAAUACUUAAGCUUGUCAAUCACCAUUUCCCUGGAAUAUGAAUGUCUCUUGACAUGAUACAAGCUCCAUUACAAACAACUAUGGGUGCAGUGUGGUUAGGAUAAGCCCCUUAAUAAGAUACAAAUCCAUCCAAUGGGUUAGGAUUGGGUUUGGCUUUAAAAAAGAAAAAAAAAAAAGUUAAUUUCUUUUAUAUAUGAUCUUAGAAUAGUAAUUUGAUUGUAUACUCAAUAUUUAACUUAGUCGCAGUAAUUUAUUUAUGCAUAAGGCUCAUCAAAAGGAUACCAACACUCAAUUACAGGAAAAAAGGUUAGAUGUUUCCUGGGUGUAACAGAUAUACAAACAUAAUGUGCCUUAACUCACAGUACUGUUCAUCCAGGGUUAUUGAAAUGUAACAGCUUCUCUACUUUUAUACACUAAACUGUCUGAGACACUUGCAUUUGUACAUUACUGGAAUCCAAUAAAUCUGGUUUCUAUAAAAA